AUGGAUGCAUGGCCCUCUAUUGUUGACCGCAACGUCCUGCGCCAGCAUUAUGAUGAUACGUGGACGACACUCGAUCCUCCAACGCCGAUUUCCUCUGUCACGAAUGUUCGCGAGAGUGGUUUGGUAAAUGAUAAAGGAACAGAUGCCAUUGAAAGAUCUAAUAUAUGGUUGAAAGCCUACGACGCUGCUGCUCCCGAAACUAGAAAAUGGCUUGAGAGCUUACCAGAAUUGACCAAAUUACAAGGCAUCAACAAACGCGACGAAUCGUGGGUAGAAGAAAUCGUCGAAGUUCUCAAAGCAUUGGAAAAGAAGUAUCAAGAAAGCUCUCUCCGGAUAACCGUAGGGCAAAAGGAGAUUGCUCCCAGGGACUAUGUAGCCCCUACUAUUCAAUGCCUUACAAUGAUUGGCGAUAUUGCGACUCAGCUGGUCCCAGCUCCAUCUGGUAUGAUGUGGUCGGCCAUAAAAGUUCUUCUGCAACUUCCGGUCACAGGGAUUGGGGAAACUACUGCUAUAUUAGCAUCUACUGCCAAGAUCCUUAGCAUACUUAGGCGUGGAAAGCUAUAUGAAGUCGUGUUCACGAAAGACAAUACUACUCCCGAGUUAUUGCAGGAUUUGGAAGACGGACUUAUAACAACAUAUGCUAAAUCGUUGGACCUGCUUGCGUAUGCUGCCCGACAUUUGAAAAACAAGUAUCGUCAAAUCCUUGAAUGGAUUUCGAAUCCUGAUGGCGCUGAAUUUCUGAUGGCAGAGUUGAUUCAACGCGAAACAGACCUGGUUUGGGCGGCUGAGUGCUGUGAAAUGGCACGCAGUGCUAAUGCAGAUGCGAGACACACCGAAUUACUAUUAGAAAUUCACACCUCUAUUGAUCAGAUAGAUGACAAAAUGCGUCAUCUUUUUGAUAAGAUGGAAUCUCAACAAAUGCUCGAAGCUCUCGACUACUUUAGUGAUGUCAAGUUCGGGGAACAACACCAGAAAAAAGUCGAAAUGCGAACUCCAUGGACGGGAAUGUGGCUAUUAGAGAACUCGAAGUUUAAAGAAUGGGAGCAGGCCGAUGGAUCAAGUAUUUUAUGGCUUCAAGGUACCGUGGGCAUGGGAAAAUCGUUUCUCGCGUCCACUGUCAUUGACCAGUUUCGUGUUGAUGAUGCAAUAUCUCAUGCUCCCAAUCGCAAGAAUAAUCAAGGGUUUGCUUACUUCUACUGCGAACGUGGCUCUGCCGAUCUGAGGGAGCCUAUCUCAGUACUCCGCAGCUAUGUGCGACAGCUCUCUAUGGUCCCUUGUUAUCCGAACCUCAUGCAAAAGAAACUCAUUGGGCUCUACCAAGAGAGCAGGAAACAAGGGGUUAAGCUGGGCAUAAAAGUUUGCAAAGAGCAAUUAUUUGAGUCGGUCAACCUUUACCCCAAGACAAUACUUGUCCUUGAUGGUUUAGACGAAUGCAAUCCAGACACAAGAGGAGAGCUCAUUGAGAUAUUAGCUGAGCUUACUAUGCUUGCCAAGAAUUCCGUCAAGCUUUUUAUUUCAAGCCGGAAAGAGCAAGAUAUUGCGAAGCAACUCCCAUCCGAUGUUACUCUAGAGGUUGACGCCCAUGAUAAUGAGGAAGAUAUAGAAACGUUUGUCGAGUCCCGGAUUGAAAAAAUUAAAAGGACUUGGAAAUGGACUUCCGUCCCCAGGGAUCUUGAAAACGAAAUCAGAAGGACAGUGUGCGAGAAAAGUGAGGGGAUGUUCAGAUGGGCUGAUCUACAGAUGGACCAACUAUCCAAGCUCAGCCUAGCAAACAAGCUUAAAGAACGACUUGGAAAGCUUCCCAAAAAUUUGAACGCUUCCUAUGAAGAAAUCUUUCAGAGGGUGGAAAAAGAUGGCAACCGAGAGAUUUUAGAGCGCGCCGUAAAAUAG